AUGGCAUGGAGAUCAGACUUUCUAGUAUUCUGCAUGCUGAUGUUCUUCUUGGUGUCGACCAGUAGUGUUGUUCUAGGAAAACCGGCGGUUUUGAAUGUGAAAGAUUAUGGUGCAGUUGCAGAUGGGAAGACUGACAACAGUCGGGCUUUUCUGGAGGCAUGGGAAGCAGCAUGUGAACAGGAAGGAACAAGUGUUAUCACUGUUCCAAGAGGAGGAAAAUACUACGUGCGCCAAGUCGCAUUCACAGGACCCUGCAAAGGCUCCAUGACGUUCCUAAUUAAGGGCGAUCUUUAUGCCCCUACUGAUAAAAGUUCUCACACUCUUACGCACUGGAUCAAGUUCGGGUAUGUGGACUAUUUGACUAUCGCCGGACUUGCCAACCUGUAUGGCGGAGGACCCUCUGCUUGGCCUUACAAGGGCUGCGGACAAGGUCAGGAGUGCUUACAAGUUGUUCCCCAUUCACUGAGAUUGGAGUUCGUCAAUCAUGCAUGGGUUCAUCAUAUAGGAUCGAUCGAUGCUAAAGAUAAGCACAUCAGCAUAUUCCAAUGUCAGGACGUGACGCUUAGUAAUAUUAGGACAACGGCCCCCCACGACAGCCCUAAUACAGAUGGAGUACACAUAGCAUUAUCGGAGAGAGUUAAGAUUUUGGAUUCGACAUUUAACACCGGAGAUGAUUGCGUAGCCAUCUUUUCUGGAAGCAAGGAUGUGAAUAUCAGCCAGAGUAUUUGUGGCCCGGGGCAUGGGUUUAGCAUUGGGAGCAUGGGCAAAUCCCCAGAUGAAGACCCCAUAACCAAAAUAAAUAUACGCAACUGCACAAUUAGCCAUACUGACAACGGUUUUAGGAUUAAAACAUGGGCCGCCUCCUCCUACCCGACCUUUGCUUCCGAUAUCACUGUUCAAGAUGUUAUGAUGGAUAACGUCCGCAAUCCCAUCAUCAUUGAUCAACAUUAUUGCCCUCGGGGAGGUUGUGAUCCGACGGUUGGGUCACAAGUUGAGAUCAAAAACCUUCAGAUAAAGCGAAUAUGGGGGACUUCAACCACGGAAACUGCAGUGAAUCUCCAGUGCAGCAGCCAAAAACCAUGUCAGGGUGUUGAGCUUGAAGACAUCCUUUUACUUUUCAGAAAUCCCCAAGGUGGCAAACUACAACCUGCAGUUUCCUCAUGUGCCUAUGUGGUGGGCUCCUCCCGUGGCAAACAGGUCCCUAAGCCUUGCAUAUAG